AUGGCGAUGAUCCUGAGCUCCUUGGCGGCGGCAUGCGCCUCGAAGCUCGCGGGUCUGAUCGCCGGCAGGAUCGCCGCCGGUCUCGGCGUGGAGGGCGACGUCCGGAGCAUGCAGCGCCGGAUGGAGCGCGUGAUCGGCGCUGUCGCGGAGGCGGAGCGGCACGGGGAGGGCAGCGCCGCCGCCGCGUGGCUCGAAGAGCUCAGAGACUUCCUCUACGACGCCGACGACAUACUCGACCUCUGCAGGUGCCGCGGCGGCCGCCUGCUGGCCGACGGCCGGCCACGCUCCGGGGCCGGGGGGCCACUGGUGGCGCUGAAUUUGCUCUCGUCCGUGCAAAGAUUGCAGGCUCGGUUCGUGAUCGGAGCUCAGAUUAGGCGCCUCAACGGGAGGUUCGAGGAGAUAUGCAAGGAUAGGCUGUUCUUGGGCCUCGCCGUCGAUGAUCCCAAGGCGGAGGACGGCGUCGCUCGCGGCGCCGGCCGGGUUCGAGCGCGUACGAGCACCCCGCUGCUGGACACCAACGUCGUGGGAAAGGAAAUCAAGAGCGCGACGGACGAGCUGGUGGAGGCGAUAAUGCGCGACGACGGCCAUGGAGAGGUGGAGGUGGUCGCCGUCGUCGGGAUGGGAGGCAUCGGCAAGACGACGCUCGCGCAGCGGGUGUUCAACAGCCGGAGGAUCGCCGGCGGGUUCCCGGUGAGGGCGUGGCUGUGCAUCUCGAGGGAGUACUCGGAGGCCGACACGGUGAAGGAGGCCAUCCGGUGCUGCGGCGGCGACUACGGCCGCGCCGAGACGCUGGCGGAGCUGCAUCCGAUCCUUCGCUCCACCGUCUCCGGGAAGCGCUUCUUCCUCGUCCUCGACGACGUGUGGGACGCCGGCGUGUGGACGUCCUUGCUCCGCCUUCCCUUCCACGGCGCCACGGGGAGAGUCCUCAUCACAACCAGGGACCAGGGAGUCGCCGCCAAAGCCGGCGCCGGCCACAGCCAUCAGGUGAGGCACCUAACCGCUCACUCCGGCUGGGAACUCCUAUACAGGACGGCGUGCCUCGACGCCGACGAAAUCCAGAGCCUCAGAAGUGUAGGCAUGGCCAUCGUCGCCAAAUGCGGCUUCCUCCCCAUCGCCGUCAAGGUGAUCGGAGGGCUCCUGAUGACGAAGCGCAGGAGCAGAGCCGAGUGGGAGAGGGUUCUUGGCAGCGACGCGUGGUCCAUGGCCAAGCUCCCCGAGGAGUUCAAAGGAGCAAUCUUUCUGAGCUACGACGACUUGCCGUCACGCCUCAAGCAGUGCUUCCUCUACUUCUCCCUCUUCCCUGUAGACUUCGUCUACUGGCGCUGCCAUAUCUGCAGGCAAUGGGUCGCUGAAGGUUUUGUCACUGAGUCAGGAGAAUCCACCAUGGAGGAGCUCGCCGAAGAGUGCUACUAUGAGCUGAUCACCAGGAGCAUCUUGCAGCCACACCCAGGUUAUCUCGCCGAUCAGAGCAGGAGCACGGUGCAUGAUGUGUUGAGAUCAUUUGCUCAGCAUCUGUCGAGGAGGGAGAGCGUCUGCGGGGACUUGCAGGCCGUGAAUGGUUCUUCGCCGCUUGUCAAGCUCCGGCGGCUGUCACUGAUGAACUUGGAAGAGGUAACGACGCCUUGCAAGGCAAUCUCCGACAGCUGCAAAUGUCUGAGAACUCUGUUCCUCAUUAGCAUCCAAAAUGUUAAUAGUAGAUUGAUGGUAAGGUUUUCCAGUCUUCGAACUUUGUUCCUCAGUGACUGUGGAAUCAACAAAAUUCCUGAAUCGAUUGGAGAUCUGAUGCACUUGAGAUAUCUAGGCUUUGAAAGUGUUAACAUACAAGCAUUACCGGAGAGCAUCAGCCAACUUAGGAAUCUGCAGUUUCUGAAUGUGAAGAGGUGCAUACUGCUCAAUGCAUUACCAAGAACACUUAGUCGCAUACAUAGUUUACGACGACUUGGAAUUGAAGAAACACCGAUAAGAUUGGUACCAGAAGGAAUUGGAAGGCUGCAUUCCCUUGUUGAUUUGCAAGGGUUCAUAGUCACUAGUGCAAGCAGUAGCAGCACAAUGCAGCAAGGGUGGAUCUUGGCAGAGCUAGAGAGUCUCUCGCAGCUCAGAUGGCUCCGUAUUGAUAAUUUGGAAAGGGCAGCAAUUGACACUGGAGCUAGCCUUGAUAAUAAACGAUAUCUGAAGAGAUUAGAGUUGUCAUGUACUGUAAAACCAAACAGUGAUGAUAACCCCUGGGAUAAAUUUGAGGUUGAAAAGAUCGAAGCAAUAUUUGAGAAGCUGCUUCCUGCAAAUUGUUUACAGGACCUUCUCAUCAGAGGAUUCUUUGGCCGAAGAUUUCCAACUUGGAUGGAGUCAUCUUCUCUUUGCAACGUGACAUGGCUAAAACUUGUAGAUUGCAAGUUCUGUCCCAAAUUUCCACCUUUGGGUCAACUACCCCAUCUGACAUUCCUUAAGAUUGUACGCGCAGAAUCUAUUGUGUCAGUUGGCUCUGAGUUUUACGGCCAAGGAGGAGGCAGCGUAUUUCCCAAACUUGAGUUCUUGUGGAUUGGAAAGAUGCCUAAAUGGGAAGACUGGACAUUGCAGAUAACACAAGAGACAUGCAAUUCUUCAGUUCAGCUAUUACCUUGUCUGCGGCAACUUGAACUGAAGGACUGCCCAAAACUCAGAGCUCUCCCUGAACAGUUGAAGCAUGCCAAGAAGAUGCAGAAGCUGCGCAUAGAAGGAGCCCAUGCCCUGAACAAGAUUGAAAACUUUCCUGAACUUUCAGGCUUGCUGCGCAUAAAUGGAAGCCACUGUCUUGCAAGCAUUUCAGACCUGUAUCAGAUCAAAGAGCUCUAUGUAGCUGACUGCCCUGCACUACAGGUUGUGAACAAUCUGAAUGCGCUGAAGUGGCUGUACCUCGAAGACGAGUCGAUGGAGCAUGUCCCAAUGUGGUUGUCGAGGCUGGCUGAGAAAGGAGAGCCGCUCAGCGAAGACGGCCUCGAGUUGGAGCUGCAUUGCAGCACCGCCAUGCUUGAUAGGUGCCUAAUGGGACAUCAGGACUGGACAAUCAUGAAGAGGUUCACAAGUGUUGCUGCAUAUUGUAAAGAAGCUUACAUGUGCUAUUCUAGACACCCGGUUAGCUACCACACGAGCAAGAAUGUCUCAGACUCAAAAUAG